UCACUUUCUCUUUCUCUUCGUCACCCUCAUUUCCGCACUCUCCAACCCUCGAUCGAAUGUGCCACUGAAUCCCCGCGCAUCAUGAGCGCAAAGCCUCAAUUCCUCCAAUAUCCGGAAGUCCGCGAGGGCCCAUCCGUCCCCUACAAAAAUGAAGACCAAGUGAUCCCCGUCUUCCGAGGCAUGCCUCUGGCGAUCGGAGCGAGCCUAAUCCAGCACGUCGGCGUCAUCCAGAACUACUUCUGGCGCAACGCCGGCUUCAACGUCAUCCGCGACCUCCCUCUCGACGACUACGCCCCGCGCUACGACCCCACCGUGAUCCCGGUCCUCGACCGCGCGACUCCAUCGUCAGCGUCAACGACGACGACGGCCGCAACACUGCCCGCGCCAACCCAGAAACGGAAAGACCACCCGGGGUACUACACCUCCGCCGACUAUGUGGCUCUAUACCAGUCGGGGAAAUUGACGCCCUCGGCCGUGGUCGAGGCCCUGCUGCCGCUGAUCCAGCGCGAUGCGGACCCCGCAGGGGAACCAAAGGACGGCAGCCGCAAACACCAACACUCGGUCGCGUUUCUGGAGUCGCAGGCCGAGCGGGUUCGCGCGGCCGCGGCGGCGUCGACGCAGCGGUACAGGGCGGGCCGGCCGCUGGGGCCGAUGGACGGCGUGCCCGUGGCCGUCAAGGACGAGGUGCACCUGGAGGGAUACCGGCGGACGCUGGGCAGCAAGAUCGACUUCAAGGGCAAGUAUCAGGGGACAUCAUGGUGCGCGAAGCAAUGGGAAGAAGCGGGGGCGAUCAUCAUCGGGAAGACGAGCAUGCAUGAGCUGGGGCUAGAUACGAACAACAACAACCCCAACUACGGGACCCCGCGCAACCCGCACAACCCGGACUACUACUGCGGCGGCUCGUCCGGCGGCUCGGGCUACGCCGUCAGCGCCGGGCUGGUGCCCAUCGCGCUGGGCGCCGACGGCGGCGGGUCGAUCCGGAUCCCAUCCUCCUUCUGCGGAAUCUGGGGACUGAAGGCCACGCACGGCCGCAUCAGCGGCGCGCCGACGGUCUCGCUGGCGCCGACGGUGGGCGUGUACGGCCCGAUGGCCAGCAGCCUGGACGACCUGGCGCUGGCGUACCGCAUCAUGGCGACGCCGGCGCCCGCCGCCCAGGACCCGACCUCCUCCGCCUUCCCCCCGCCCCUAUCAACCUUACCACCACCAACCCUGCCACCAACCCUGCCAUCACCCCCCUCAACAACCCCCGCCCAAACCCCAAGAACAAUCGGCCUCAUCCCCGCGUGGCUAGACCGCGCCCACCCGACCGUCCGCACCGUCUUCAACCAAGCCCUCGCCCACCUCACCACCUCUCAAAAAACCAAAGACCUCGAAAUCCCCUACCUCCCCGAAGGCCAACGCGCGCACGUCCUCACCAUCAUGGCCGAGAUCGCGUCCGGCCUGCACCCGGCGCAGAUCAGCCAGCUCACGGCGCCGAACAAGGUCCUCGUCUCCAUGGGCAUGUACCAGAUCACGGGCCAGGAUUUCCUGGCCGCCCAGCGCCUCCGCCACUGCCUCAUGGCGCACCUGGCGCACCUGUUCCGGCAGCAUCCGGGGCUGAUCAUCUGCUCGCCCACCACCCCGAUCCCCGGGUGGCGGAUCCACGGCCCCGCGGAUCUGACCCGCGGCCUGUCCGAUGGCGCCGCCUCCGUCCGGAAUAUGGAGUAUGUCUGGUUGGCCAACUUCACCGGGUGUCCGGCGAUUUCGUGUCCGGUUGGGUGGGUGGAUGCUGAGGGAGGUGGAGGAAAGGUCCCGGUCGGGCUGAUGGCCAUGGCGGAGUGGGGGAAGGAGGAGGAGUUGAUUGCUUUUGCGAGGGAGUUGGAGGGGGCGUUGGAGGCUGCUGCUGAUGGGGAAGGACAAGGAGGGAUCCAAGUUCCUAGUGGGGAGGGGGCGUUGUGGGAGGAUAUCAUCGAGUUGGCCAAAAAGGCAUGUUCCGAUUGAUACCGAACAGAAAAGAAAGAUGACAAGACAUGUGCAUGAAUUGUCAACUAAAAAGUCUUGACUGUGCGAUCUUUUGUGGUUGUGAUUAUGCGGAGGGUUUCUGCAGGUCAAAGGAACUACGUUUCGGUGCUGAUAAUACCUCAUGUGAGGCGAGGAUAUAAUAACGGCAUUGAGCCCGUGUAGUGCAAUUAAGUCUGAUGUAUCGACAAAAUACUGCG